AUGGAUUUGUGGUAUUGCACGGAUGAACUGGUUGGCCCGCUUUAUGCUUGGAAUCUUGGUGCCUCCUCUCGGUCCAGCAUCUUCCGUGCUGCCACUUUUGCACGGCUCUAUGGGGCUGGCGGCUGGUCACCUGACCCCAGCGACAAGCAUCCUUGGCUCCAGAUUGACCUAACCAAGAAGUGCCGCAUCAAUGCCGUUGCCACACAAGGGACCUUCAACUCCUACAACUGGGUGACACGCUACAUCGUCCUCUAUGGUGACCAUCCCAGCAACUGGAAGCCUUAUUUCCAACAGGGCAGCAACUGGACAUUCUUUGGCAACGUGAAUGAGAGUGGCGUGGUCCGCCAUAACCUACAUCACCCGAUCUUGGCUCGCUACCUCCGCAUCAUCCCUGUGGCUUGGAAUCCUCAUGGCACCAUAGGCUUACGGGUGGGCCUUUAUGGCUGCUACUACCAAUCUGAUGUCUUGUACUUUGAUGGUGAUGAUGCUAUUGCCUACAAGUUCCGCUCCAAAACUAUCCGUACAACUCAAGACAUCAUUGGGUUCAACUUCAAAACUAUGGAGCGUGAAGGCCUCUUGAUGUAUGCAGAAGGGGCCCAGGGUGACUACAUCAGUGUGGAGCUGCAGCAGGCCCGGCUGGUUCUUAACAUGAGCCUUGGCAACAGCCUACUCAACACCAGUGGAGGGGAGACAACAAUGACUCUGGGAAGCCUUCUAGAUGACCAGCACUGGCACCAGUUUCGCCUAGACCGCUACAGGCAAUAUGUCAACUUCAGCCUAGAUGGGGAAGUUCUGCGGUUCCGUCUCAAUGGGGCAUUUGAGCAGCUUGACCUGGACACUGAGGUCUUCUUCGGAGGGGUGAUAAAUCAUGAGAAACAGCGCCUUGCCUAUCGGCCCAAGUUUCGUGGCUGCAUGGAAAACAUUGCCUACAAUCUGGUCUAUAUUACUGACUUGGCGCUACGCCGCAGACCUUCCAUCCGGUUUGAGGGCCGGGUAGGCAGUUUUUGUCGAGACAACCUCUUGUUCCCCUUUACCUUUGCUGGAGUAAAUAACUUCCUGGAGGUGUCAGGCUAUCCCCAGCGUUCCUCCUUGUCUAUCAGCUUCCAGUUCCGCACCUGGGACUUUGUGGGCCUGCUGUUUUACACGUCUUUCAAUGACAACUUGGGGUGGCUUGAGAUGGUGUUGAGUGAUGGGCAAGUGAACGUCACCAUUGGUCAGCCCAAAGCCAAAACGAAUGCCAAGAAGCUGGAGUUUGCAGCAGGGUAUCGUCUUAAUGAUGGCUUCUGGCAUUCAGUAUCCUUGAAGGUAACUGAAAUUUCAGCUGUCAUAACCAUCGAUGACCAGAACGAUGCCAGCUUCCGUGUUGACCGAAACAUUCAGCUGCGCACGGGGAAACACUAUUUCUUUGGAGGCUGCCCGAAGCCAGCUUUACAGACUGGCUGCCUCUCCAACCAGACUGCCUUCCACGGGUGCAUGCAGAUGGUCAGCGUGGAUGGGCAGCCCAUCGAAUUAGACAUGGUUCGCCAGCAUCGGCAUGGCAGAUACUUCGAGGUGUACUUCAACGUGUGUGGCAUCACAGAUAGGUGUACCCCCAACAUGUGUGAACAUGGCAGUCGCUGUAUCCAGACCUGGGAUGACUUUACAUGUAUCUGUGACUUGACAGGUUACAAGGGGGAGACCUGCCACAAACCUGUUUACAAGGAAACGUGUGAUGCCUAUCGACUCAGCGGCAAAGUCUCUGGCAACUACACCAUUGAUCCAGACGGCAGUGGCCCCCUGAAACCUUUUGUGGUCUACUGUGAUAUUCAAGAGGAGCGGGCGUGGACCACUGUGUGGCACAAUCGUUACUGGGCCACCCGAGUGACCGGUUACAGCCCCGAAAAGCCCUUCCUGGGCUCUGUCGACUACUGGAAUGCCUCUUGGGGGGAGGUGUCAGCCCUGGCCAAUGCCUCAGAGUACUGUGAGCAGCGCAUAGAGUUCCACUGUUACCUCUCCCGCCUGCUCAACACCCAAACGGGGAUGCCCCUGAGCUUCUGGAUGGGCCGAAAUGCUGAGCGCCAUUACUACUGGGGGGGCUCCCCACCAGGGCUGGGGCGCUGCGCUUGUGGCAUGGACAAGAACUGUGCAGACCCCCGUUUCUACUGCAACUGUGAUGCUGAUCAUGCUAUAUGGCGGACAGAUAAGGGGCUACUGAAUUUUGUAGAUGAUCUUCCAGUCACUCAGGUUGUAGUGACCGACACAAACCGCACGGGGUCAGCAGCCCAGUUCACACUGGGCCCAUUACGUUGCUAUGGAGACCGCAACUCCUGGAAUACAGUCUCCUUCACAAAUGGAACAGCCUUGCUCUUCCCCACCUUCCAGGUUAACUACAGUCUCGAUAUCAGCUUCUUCUUCAAGACUUCUGCCCCAUCAGGCACUUUUCUGGAGAAUGUGGGCCGAAAGAACUACAUCCGUGUGGAGCUCAACACUACCCAGGAUAUGGUCUUUGCUUACGACAUUGGAAAUGGUGAUGAGAAUUUGACGGUGCAUUCAGAGAUGCCUUUCAAUGAUAACGAGUGGCAUGAAGUCAAGGCAGAGAUCAAUGUCAAAAUAGCCAGGCUGCGGGUUGACCGGAUGCCCUGGGUAGUGCGAGUGGCCCCGCCUCAGAGCUUUGUCCACAUGAACCUCACCAGACCGCUCUAUGUGGGCUCUGCUAUCUACAACCUGCGUCCCUUCCUGGGCUGCCUGCGAGGCCUGCGCAUGAAUGGAGUGACCCUCAAUUUGGAGGGGAAGGCCAAUGAGACCUUAGGAGUCCUGGUGAACUGCACUGGACAUUGCCGCCGCCCCUUGGUGCCCUGCCAGAACUACGGCACUUGUAUUGAGCACUACAACCACUACACUUGCAACUGCAGCAUCUCUGCAUAUGAAGGGCCGUUUUGCAAUCGAGAUAUUGGUGCCUACUUUGAGCGAGGAACCUGGGUGCGAUACGACAUCAUGACAACACCUUUGUACGUAGUGCGGGAGGUUUUCAACAUCCACCACCAACCACUUCAGCCGUUGCCUGGCUACAAUCUGACUGGGGAGAUAGUGGGGCUGAGCUUCCGCACCUCUUCAGCCCCAGCUGUCCUACUUUACAUCAGCACCUUUGUGCAAGACUACUUGGCCAUUUUGCUCCGGGAAGAUGGCAUCCUGCAACUGCGUUACCAGCUGGGCACUCUCCCGUAUGUCUAUUCCCUGAGCACCCGCUCAGUAGCUGAUGGGCAGCCACACCGUAUCAACAUCACACGUGUGAAUCGGACAUUGUAUGCACAACUGGAUUAUUUCCCUGUUAUGGUGCAGCACUUCUCUCCCUUUGUGGACAGCAAACUAGACUCCCCCAAGGCACUCUAUCUGGGCCGUUUCAUGGAGACAGGUACGAUUGACCCUGAGAUCCAGAGGUACAACACUCCAGGUUUCACAGGCUGCCUCUCCGGGGUGAAGUUUAACAGCCUUGUGCCUCUCAAAGCCAUCUUUCGACCCAGCAGCAGCAACUCUCUUAACCCCUUUCGCAUCAAGGGGCGGCUGGUGGAGUCCAACUGUGCCUCCAUGCCUUCUGCUUACACUGAAAUGCCUCCUGAACUGGACCCCUGGUACAUCAACCCAGCGGACUUCCUGUACAUCCAUGAUGAUGGCUGGGUUGCAGUUGUCAUUGGAGUUGUAAUUUUCCUGCUGCUGCUCCUGGCUGCUGUGCUCCUUUUGAUGUACCUGCAUCACCACCGCUACAAGGGCUCCUAUCACACCAACGAGCCCAAGGCCAUCCAGGACUACAACAGCGGAGGAAGCAGUGUGAGCAGCAGCAGCGGUGGAGGGGCUUCCAGUGCUGCUGCCAAACCAGUUGCCUCCCGGAAGGAUCAAAACCUGCCACAGAUCCUGGAAGAGGCUAAGACCGAAUAGCCAAGUGGAGCCCACAGGAUGAGUGCUGCACUCAUCCAGGCCAGCGUGAGCUCCUUCUCCAGUUCUUUUUUCAAGGCCAACCCUGAACUGCCAAAUGGGAAUGAACUGCUUGCUGGGAAGCCAACCCACCCACCCCCACACACACGCCUGAUGGCUUGUCUGUUCUGUAUCUUCCAGUUCGAUCCAGUACCUACUGGCAACUGUCAAAUCAAAAGCCCUUUGCUGCCCUUUUUGGAGUUGGCAGGUUCCUACCCAUUUCUCUUUCCUCAUGGGGGCAUAGGGAGAGAAUCAAAUGGUGCCGAAGCAGUUGCCAAAAAGAUACUUGACUUUCACGCAGGUAUUAAUCCUCAACUCCUCUUCCCUUUUGGACAGUUUUGAUGUCGUCUGUCAACUGAGGUAGGGAGGGUAACAGGCCAUUUCAAGCAGCCCAACUUCCAGUUUACGUUGGACUUCUUUCCAGCCAAACUUCAGAGCACCUUCCAGUUUGAAGAGACGUGGCUGUCAAUGUUGCACUUUCUUUUUUAUUUUUUAAGGAACAAAGAAAACAACGCAAAAUCCAUGCUGGCCUUCUCACAUGACUCUCUAGGCACAUAGUCUUCCUGCUUAAUUGCUUAGCGCCAAAA